GUGAACGCUGCGGCGCCGGAAGUAGCCCGCAGAAGGGGCCGCGUGGAAGAGACUGCAACAUGGGACAGUCCGGGCGGUCCCGUCACCAGAAGCGCGCGCGCGCUCAGGCUCACCUCCGCAACCUCGAGGCCUACGCCGCGCAGCCGCACUCUUUCGUGUUCGCUCGGGGCCGCGCGGGUCGUAGUGUCCAGCAGCUCAGCCUAGACUUGCGGCGGGUCAUGGAGCCGCUCACCGCCUCCCGCCUACAGAUACGAAAGAAAAACUCUCUGAAAGAUUGUGUAGCAGUGGCUGGGCCCCUCGGGGUCACACACUUCCUGAUCUUGAGCAAAACGGAAACCAAUAUCUAUUUUAAGCUGAUGCGCCUCCCAGGAGGCCCCACCUUGACCUUCCGGAUCGACAAGUACACGUUGGUGCGUGAUGUGGUCUCCUCGCUGCGCCGGCACCGCAUGCAUGAGCAACAGUUUGCCCACCCGCCUCUCCUGGUGCUCAACAGCUUUGGCCCCCACGGCAUGCAUGUGAAGCUCAUGGCCACCAUGUUCCAGAACCUGUUUCCCUCCAUAAAUGUGCACAAGGUGAACCUGAACACCAUCAAGCGCUGCCUACUCAUCAGUUACAAGCCCGAGUCCCAGGAGCUGGAUUUCCGCCAUUAUAGCAUCAAAGUGGUCCCUGUGGGUGCAAGUCGUGGGAUGAAGAAGCUUCUCCAGGAGAAGUUCCCCAACAUGAGUCGCUUACAGGACAUCAGUGAGCUUCUGGCCACGGGUGCAGGGCUGUCUGAGAGCGAGGCGGAGCCCGAUGGUGAGCACAACAUCACAGAGCUGCCCCAGGCCGUCGCGGGGCGAGGCAACAUGAGGGCCCAGCAGAGCGCCGUGCGGCUCACCGAGAUCGGGCCUCGGAUGACCCUGCAGCUCAUCAAGAUCCAGGAGGGCAUUGGGGCAGGGAACGUGUUGUUCCACAGCUUUGUGCACAAAACGGAGGAGGAGCUGCAGGCCAUCCUGGUAGCCAAGGAGGAAAAGCUGCAGCUCAAGGCACAAAGGCAGGACCAGCAGGCCCAGAACGUCCAGCGCAAGUGGGAGCAGCGAGAGGCCCACAAGAAGAAGAGCCUGGCAGGCAUGAAGCGGGCACGGGCAGAGGCUGAUGGGGACAGUGAUGCAGAGGACCCCGGGGCUCCUCCAGAGGCAGAGGGUGCCAACCAGCGAGAGGAAGAGGAGGAUGAGGCCGAGUAUUUCCGCCAGGCUGUGGGCGAGGAGCCUGACGAGGACAUGUUCCCAAAAGCAGCCACGCGGAGACGGCCUGCUGGGACCCCCGGCAAGAAGCGGCGGGUAAAGGAACGGAAGCCAGAACAAGGCAGUGGCCGGAGGCCUCCAAAGGCCAAGGGCAGGCACUCGGGAGCCCAGGCCAAAGUGGGACCCAGCGGGGCUGCCUGGGACCGCGGACGAGGCCAAGCUCCUCGACCUAAGAGAGUAGCCUGCGCACACCCAGACCCGCCCAGCUGGCUGAAGGUGGAGCUGGGAAUGGGGAGGAACCAGCGGUGCUGCUUGUGGCUUGGGGAGGAGCCAGCAGUGCUGCUUGUGGCUUGGGGAGGGACUGGCACAGCGUGGGCUGCAGACUUGGGUGGAUGCGCCAUGGCCUCCACCACCUCAGGCGCCUCACGCUGCCCAGCCAACUUCUCGGCGGCUGCUGACCGCAUCCUCAGUGGCUUCCAGGAAGGCUUCCUGUGGCCCAUACUGGUGGUCACAUUCCUGGUGGCCUUGGCUGGCAACAGCCUAGCUCUGUACCGCUUCUACACCCGGGAGCAGCGCCCGUGGCACCCAGCUGUGAUCUUCUCAGCCCAGCUGGCUGUCAGCGACCUGCUCUACGCGCUGACGCUGCCCCCGCUGGCCGCCUACUACUACCCACCCAAACACUGGCGCUACGGGGAGGCUGCGUGCCGCCUGGAGCGCUUCCUCUUCACCUGCAACCUGCUGGGCAGCAUCAUCUUCAUCACCUGCAUCAGCCUCAACCGCUACCUGGGCGUCGUCCACCCCUUCUUCACCCACAGCCAACUGCGGCCCAAGCACGCCUGGGCCGUCAGCGCCGUGGGCUGGGCGCUGGCAGUCCUGCUGGCGGCACCCACGCUCAGCUUCUCCCACCUGAAGAGGCCACCACAGGAAGGCCACUGCACCACGGCCAGGCCCGAGGCCUGCAUCAAGUGCCUGGGGACAGCAGAUGACAACUGGAUCGAGGCCUACAGAGCCUACAGCCUGGUGCUGGUGGCCCUGGGCGGUGGCCUGCCACUGCUGCUCUCCCUGGUGGCCUACGGCGCCCUCGGGCGGGCCGUGUGGCGCAGCCACAGCAUGACAGCGGCCAACAAGCUGCAAGUGAUGGUGCUGGUGAGCAGCGGCGUGGCUGUCUACGCCAGCUCCUACAUGCCCUACUAUGUCACACGGGUGCUCAACGUGUACGCCCAGCUGCGCUGGAAAGCCCUCUGCCCAGGCUUUGCCAGUGUGCCCCAGGCUGAGAAGGCGCUGGACUUGAGGACGUACGUGGCCCACCAGGUAGCACGGGGCCUCGUGCCCCUGGCCAUCUGCAUCCACCCACUGCUCUACAUGGCCGUGGCGCCCAGCUUGGGCUGCUGCCAACCCUGCUUGGGCUGCAGGCAGGGCCAGACCCCAGAGAACACCGAGUGCUCCGGCCAAGUCCUGCCCCUCAAUGUCACGGCUGCCUCCAAAGCCUCAGGGCCCCAGUCCCCUGAGUUGAGCCCAUGACCCGGCCCAUCCUCAGCCCCCUCCUCACAAGACCUGGCAGCUGAAUGGAGACAGAGCACAGCUGGCCCCCGGCCCUGAGACCCCAACAGGCCUCAAGCCAACACUUCCUCCCCAAGAAGAGGCCUAUGGUGGGACGAGCAAACACCCAGGCUCGAGUGGCAGGAACUUCCGCCCACAGCACCAACCCAGGCAGGGCCAGGGAGCCGACCCUCGAAGCAGGGAAGGAAAGGAGGGCGAGGCUAGCCUCACCCACCACAUUGUGGGUGACAUCUGCAAAUAAAUGGAACAGC